AUGGACGCAGGCGGUCUCGCUCAAAUGAACCCCAACAACUUCUCGGCAGACGGUCUCGCCUUGCCCGGCGGAGGCCUCGCCUCGCGCCGUGGUGGCCCCGUCAAGCCGCUCUCCCUGUCCAGCGCCACUCCCACCAGCAACGCAGCUGAAAAUGGAGCUCCCACUCCGCGUACCAGCCGCUCUCAUCUGCUGGCAGGCCUCAGGACGGCCCCCAAGUCCGCUGCUGCGGCCGGCUUCUCGGCUGCCAACGUUGCUUCGCCCACCGCCCAGUCGUUCGGGAGGAACAACCUGAACCCUAACAGCGCUAUGUACCCCCAAGCCCAGAAUGGCCAGUACAAUGGACCCAAGACUGCGUUGCCCCGGUACGCUGGGCAGCAACAGCAGCAGCAAUUUGUGCAGCAGCCCCAGCAGCAGAUCCACCAGUCGAUCCCCGCUGGUCAGCACUACAGCGCUGAGCAGGUUCUGGCGCCGCCGGAGAUUCACUUCGACGAGCAGGACCAGAUGGAUCCCAACUUGUACGCCCAGCUGGUUGCUACCAACAUGUACCUAGCGCAGCAGCAGCAGCGCCUGCAGCAGCAGCUUAUCAGCGUUCAGGCUGCUGCCCAGCAAUUCCAAGGCCUGAACUUGCAGGGUGCCCAGCAGCAGAUCCAGCAGCAGCAGUUGGCCAUGUAUCAGCAGCAGCAGCAGCUCCAGAGCAUCCAGCAGUCCAUGAUGGGGCAGAUGGCCAACCAGCAGCAGCAGAAUGUCUACACGUACUACGACCCCGUCACCCGCCAGCAGGGUUUCUACGUCGACCAAGGUCAGAACGACCAGCAGGUUCAGAUUGCCCAGCUCUACGCCGCCCUUGCUCAGCAGCAGCAGCAACAGAUGCUGCAGCAGCAAGCGCCCCGUGUUCAGGUAUCCCCACCUCCCGAGAACCACUCCUCCCCGUUCCGCACAUCGACUCCCCCCAAGCGCUACGAGUCCCCCUCCGAGGUCGCACCCCUGCCUCCCCCGUCGGCCAAUGCCUUCCGCCGUGGCCAUAAGAAGGGCAUGUCUUUGAGCGGUAACCAGGCCAACCUCUCGGCCUCUCAAGAGCCUCCCAAGUCUGCCGGCCCUAAGACGGCCUCUUUCCCGCUCACCCCUCUGUCUGGAGGUUAUGGACCUGGCCAGGGACGUGCCGGCGAGCACCCCGUCCGCCAGCCUCGUGGGCCUCCUUCUAUUGAAGAACUCAAGGCCAAGCCCACUGCAAAGCACGAGGGUAGCAAGAACUUUGCCACCCGCACUCGUCGGUCUGCCGUACACAAUCUGGUUCGUGCUGGACGAGAGCGCAGAAAGGGAACCGGCAGCUCUAACGGCAGCAUGAGCCCUGUAUCCGAGAGCGCCGAGGAGGAGUCUGGUUCCCCCAUCACCGACAAUGAGUCUGAUUCAGGUCGCAGCGGAUCUGGCAGCCUGGCGGGUGACAUCGACUGCUCCCUCCCUAGCUCAAGAACCUCUACCAACGGCAGCUGGGGUGCCAUUGGGUCCGACCGCCCGAGCUCACGUCAGAGGGCUCGCAAGAGCCUCGACAGCGUGGGCAGCAAUGAGAGCGGCGAGAACAGCUUCGCUAGCGUCUUCAAGAACUCGGCUCAGCGCGCCGGGAUCGAAGUGAUGGACGGUCAGCGCAAGGCUCCCAUGUUGGUCCUGACCAGUGCCGAGAAGCGCAAGAGCGGCAUUCUGGCAUAG